AGAUGGCCCAGAGGCCCAGCAACAGCUCGGCGCAUGCGUACCACGGCGCGGCCCGGAGCUGGCGGGCGGGCGGGUCGGGGCUGGGGGCAGCGGUCCGCCACUUCCCGGAAGGGGCGGGGCCUCGCGCGGCGGCGCCGGAUUUGAAGGGCUCCCGGGAGACUUCCGCGUCCGAGCGCUGCGACCUGGCCGCGGGUUUCUGCUUCUGCGUGGGGAAGGGAAGCGGACAUUUUUUUUAGUUUUCUUUUUGGGGAGAAGAUUAAACUGAGAAACGGAAAGCAGCUAGUUAGGACUCGGGCCAAACUGGUACACGACGGAGGGGCGCCUUCCAGAGCCGAGGAGAAGGGGUUGUCGGGCCGAUAAUAACCAGAAUGGGAGUGAGUGACUUGUGGCAAAUUUUGGAGCCUGUUAAGCAGCACAUCCACUUGAGUAGUCUUAGUGGGAAAACCAUUGCUGUUGAUCUGAGCCUCUGGGUGUGUGAAGCACAGACAGUCAAAAAAAUGAUUGGAAUUGUCACAAAGCCCCACCUCAGGAACUUAUUUUUUCGUAUCUCACAUUUAACACUAAUGGAUGUAAAACUGGUGUUUGUUAUGGAAGGAGAACCCCCAAAGCUGAAAGCUGAUGUCAUAAACAAGAGGAAUCAAAUUCGGUAUGGGCCUUCUGGAAAAACAUGGUCUCAGAAAACAGGGAGAUCACAUUUUAAAUCAGUGUUAAGAGAGUGUCUUGAGUUGCUGGAAUGCUUAGGAAUUCCCUGGGUCCAAGCUGCUGGGGAAGCGGAAGCCAUGUGCGCUUACCUUGAUGCCAGCGGUUACGUGGACGGCUGCCUCACCAAUGACGGGGAUGCUUUCCUCUACGGGGCCCAGACUGUUUAUAGGAACUUCACUAUGAACACCAAGGACCCACAUGUUGACUGUUAUACAAUGUCAUCGGUUAAGAGUAAACUAGGUUUGGAUAGAGAUGCUCUGGUUGGACUGGCAGUACUGCUUGGCUGUGAUUAUCUUCCAAAGGGCGUCCCUGGAGUUGGAAAAGAGCAAGCAUUAAAACUUAUACAGAUUUUGAAAGGGCAGAGUUUACUUCAGAGGUUUAUUCAAUGGAGUGAAGACAAAUCUUGUGACUCUAAUCAACAACCACUAGUUACUAAAAAACUAGCUCAUUGCUCAGUGUGUUCCCAUCCAGGUUCACCUAAGGAUCAUGAGCAUAAUGGAUGCAAAUUAUGUCAAACUGAUCGAUAUUGUGAACCGCAUGAUUAUGAAUACUGCUGUCCCUGUGAGUGGCACAAAACUGAGCAGGAUAGGCAACUGAUCACAGUGGAGAACAAUAUUAAGAAAAAAGCUUGCCGUUGUGAGGGAUUCCCAUUCCAUGAGGUUAUUCAAGAAUUCCUUUUGAACAAGGAUAAAUUGGAAAAGGCAAUCAGGUAUCAAAGACCUGAUUUAUUAUUGUUUCAGAGAUUUACUCUUGAAAAAAUGGAGUGGCCCAAUCACUAUGCAUGUGAGAAAUUGUUGGUACUUUUGACCCACUAUGACAUGAUAGAAAGAAAACUUGGUAGAAGACACUCUAAUCAACUCCAGCCAAUUCGAAUUGUUAAAAAUCGGGUCAGAAAUGGAGUUCAUUGCUUUGAAAUAGAGUGGGAAAAGCCUGAAUAUUAUGCUCUAGAAGAUAAACAUGGAGAAUUAGUUCUACAAACAAUAGAAGAAGAAUCAUUAUUUGAAGCAGCUUUUCCAGAGAUUGUUGCUGUUUAUCACAAACAAAAGUUAGAAGUUAAAGAAAAGAAAAAGAAAAGCAUGAAAACUAAGCCUAAAGAAAAUAAUUUGCCACGAACAGAUGAGAUGAGUUUUCAGUCACUCAUAACUUUAAAACCCACAUGUGAAAUCUCUUCUAAACAGAAUUCCAAAUUAAAUUUGGAAAUUUCCCCUGAUUCUGCAUUACCCCAGGAAUCUCUUUCUGCAUCAUUAAAUAGCUUGCUUUUAUCUGAAGAUGCUCUCUGUUUGAAUACUCAAGAACAGUUAAUCUCUUCUUCAAAACCUUUGACUACACAGCAAAUUACAGCUGUUAGUAAAUCUCUAAUUUCAGAAUCUAGUCAACCAAAUAUUUCAUCCCAUAAUGUGUCAGCUAUUGCUGAUUUAAACUUGAGCAGCAUUGACUGGGAGGGAACUUCUUUUAGUAAUUCUCCAGCUAUUCCAAGGAAUACUUGCUCUCAUGGCUUAAAAUCAGGACUUGAAACAGCCAUCCCUCAUAGCUUUAAACGUAUCCCAGGACAAUUGUCACGUAACUCAGAAUGGUGCACCACAAACAUAAAUAAAGUGUUAAAUUGUGAUCUUCAAAAGACUAAUCCUGAAGAGCAUCUGUCUUCUGGCAUUACUGACUUACAUCGUCAGGACCUGCCUUUAAAGGAACGAAUACUACUUAAAAAGUCAUUACAUCCUCUGGGUAAUGUACAAUCAGACCUGGAAACUUUAUCCGUACGCACAGCAAACAAAUGUUGUAAUGCUAACAGUAGUUCUGAUUGUCCAUCACAUCUUUCAAAGGAUCUAGGAAUUUAUUUGCAAAAGGAAUCUAGGAACUCUGAAGUUCUAAAAGGAGACCAGCUGUUUCAAGAAAACUAUAAAGUGAAUUCUUCUUUACCCUAUUCUGUCAAAAACAUGAUAAUAAAGAGCUCUGAGGCCAGAGUCGAGCCACCAAAUACUUCGUUAGAUCAUAAUAGAAAUGUUGACUUGCAAACCACUCAGAAAAUUGUAACGAAGAAAAGUGUUUGCCUUGACAGAUAUGCCUCUGAUGAAAAAAGUGCCUCAUUGUUUGGGAAAGCUGUGAAUGCAACUGAGAAAACGAAGCAGAGUUUUCAGAAGCACAAACCAGCCCAAUUCCAGAAAAAUGAUGCCAACAAAUUGAGUAACCCUAACAUACAUAUGAAAGAGACGGAACAAUAUGUCCAGACUUCUAAAACAGCUGUAAAUGAAGAAAACUGUUUCCCAGAUGCAGCCAACGGUUCUCUGAAUUUCCCACAGUGUCAGAAGGAAAAAGAUGACUCUGGUACUUGCUUGGAUAGUCCUCUUCCUUUAUGUCAGAGAUUAAAACUGAGGUUCCAAAACACUUGAAAUUAAAAAUGUUUAAGUGUUAGUUAAUAUUCUGGCAUCAUCAGCAUUAGCAGAGGCAGGAGGAAGGUGUCUAAUUAUUAAUGUUUGGCAGAAAAAUGUAAUGUAGUUUAUAUGUCAGGAGAUACUUUUUGCCAUUUUAAUCAAAAUUAUAAUUUUUAAAAAUUAUCUAAAAUUUUCAUUUUAAAAGAUAAUCUUUGUGGUCAAAACUGUAGAUAAUGUAUAUUUUUAAAACUCACUUUUGCCAUAUUUUAUAUCUUCAUUGACUGUUCCUUAGUCAUAGUUUUAAAGUGUAAAUACAGUACUAGGCAGAGUAAAGGCUUCAUCUUUUUGUUCAUUUAUACUCAUUACUUACACAAACCUCUAUAGUGUUCAUAUUUCAGCUUGUUCCCAAGAAGAUAAUUCUUUAUAAUUGCCUAUAAUCUCAAUGUCUUCUAUUGUGCCUUUUUUGAGAGCUAUAUUUCUCUCCAUGUGAAGAUGCUUUUAGUAUACUCUAUUGCUUUGGUAACUUUAUUCUCUUUUCUGAGGGAAAAAUGGGAAAGGAGGAAGAUGAUCUAUAUAUAUAUAUAGUAAAAAUCAUGGUUGUAAUGCUGAAUAAACUAAGGAAAGCUACUCUUUCUAUAUCCCCAGAAGUUAACAGGUAUGCCAAAAGAAAAAAAAAAGAUUUGAAAAAUAGAAUAUGUAAUCAGAAGAAAAUUAGAAAUUUGUUGAGGAUCACACAGCUAAUUAAUAAUGAUGUGAGAAUUAGAUUUCUUCUCUUGCCUUCUAGUUUGGUGAGAUUUUUUAGGUUUUCUUUUUCUUCUAUAGCACAUUUUUCUUUUUCUUUUAUUUUAACAAUUAAUCGAUAUAAUAUUGAGUUCAGCAUCUCCAAAUAUUAAGGUGUUUAUUCAUUUAUCAUUCAAAAUGUCUACGGCUCGCCAGCCACAUUCGACUCUUUGGCCCCUUGAGUGUGGCUCUUCCACAAAAUACCCACAGCCUGGGCGAGUCUAUUUUGAAGAAGUGGCGUUAGAAGAAGUUUAAGUUUAAAAAAACUUGGCUCUCAAAAGAAAUUUCGA